AUGACUCGUACAGCUGAGUAUAAACGACAUCUCCGUUCCAAUACUUUCGACAUUGAAAAGGCUACAAUCGUUUUUCUUGAAGGGCAUGUGAAAUAUCUUCAACGUAGAUUUAAACAUAGAGAAAUAAAAAUUAAAGAACUUGAAUCACAUCUAAAAGAUCUCGAUAAACUCAAAGAAGAUGUUAUAAAACUUAAAAACCAAAUUGAUAGUUUAUUAAAC